AUGUCGUGGAAACUCACCAAGAAACUCAAGGAAACCCACCUCAAUCCAGUCAACGCCUUCUCUCGCAGCUCAUCUACGUCUACCAUAGUCGGUGACCAGCCGCCGAAGUCGUCCAGCUCAGCGAGCAGCGCCACCCUGGUAGACUCCAAAGACCCCAAUGGCAUCGCGGCUUCCGAGGCGAACGCUGCCCCUCCCCCGCCACCCCUUCGACCCGGUAUCCUCAUAGUAACCCUCCAUGAGGGCAGGGGCUUCUCGCUCCCGGCGGGGUCUGAGGCGGCCUUCAACACCGGGCACCACCAAGGCUCACUUUCAACCGGGGGCGGCUUCUCAGUGGCAGGAUCUAUGCGGCCGAAUUCGUCGUCACGGAACCAGGUCGCGGGCUCUUACUCCUCGAACCGACCGCAGUCGGCUGCUGGCAGCAUCAAUGCAGUCCCUACCAUCCACGGGCGCUACUCCUCGAAAUACUUACCCUACGCCCUGGUAGACUUCGAUAAACAGCAAGUCUUUAUCAACGCGGUCUCUGGUACCCCAGAGAACCCGCUAUGGGCAGGAGGCAACACGCAGUACAAGUUCGAUGUUUCCCGCGUCACCGAUCUUACUGUAUCUCUCUACGUCCGUAACCCUUCAGCGCCGCCGAACGCCGGCAGGAACGAGGAUAUCUUCAUCGGGACCUGCAAAGUCAACCCCCGAUUCGAGGAGUCACAUUCUGGAGAUGCGAAGGCGAAGAAGGACAAGGAGCAGACUGCCCAAGGCCAGAUCGGCGCUGACUGGAUUGACAUCCAAUUCGGCACCGGCUCCAUGAGGAUUGGCGUGAAUUUUGUCGAGAACCGCCAAGACCGACUUUCCAUUGAUGACUUCGACCUUCUUAAGGUCGUGGGUAAAGGCAGCUUCGGCAAGGUCAUGCAAGUCAUGAAGAAGGACACGCACCGUAUCUACGCCCUCAAGACCAUUCGCAAGGCUCACAUCAUCUCCCGCUCGGAAGUGGCGCACACUCUCGCUGAACGAUCUGUCCUUGCUCAGAUCAACAAUCCCUUCAUCGUGCCGCUCAAGUUCUCCUUCCAGUCUCCUGAGAAACUUUAUCUGGUUUUGGCAUUUGUCAAUGGUGGCGAGCUUUUCCAUCAUCUUCAGAAAGAACAGCGGUUUGAUAUCAACCGCGCGCGAUUCUACGCAGCGGAGCUUCUCUGUGCCUUAGAAUGCUUGCAUGGCUUCAACGUCAUCUACCGCGAUCUUAAACCGGAGAACAUUCUGCUGGAUUAUACUGGACACAUUGCCCUCUGCGAUUUCGGCCUCUGCAAGCUGGACAUGAAGGACGAGGACAGGACGAACACAUUCUGUGGAACACCGGAGUACCUCGCUCCUGAACUCCUGACUGGCGCUGGUUACACCAAGACGGUCGACUGGUGGACUCUUGGUGUCCUACUGUACGAGAUGUUGACUGGUCUGCCACCGUUCUACGACGAGAACACCAACGACAUGUACCGCAAGAUUCUUACCGAGCCUCUACAUUUCCCCGGCCCUGAGAUUGUACCGCCGGCCGCUCGAGACCUGCUGACACGUCUGCUGGACCGAAAUGCGGAGAAGCGUUUAGGAGCAAAGGGCGCAGCCGAGAUUAAGGCUCAUUACUUCUUCCACAGCAUUGACUGGAGGAAGCUGCUCGAGAGGAAGUAUGAGCCUAGCUUCAAGCCCAGUGUGGUCGACGCUAAGGACACCGCCAACUUUGAUCGCGAAUUCACGUCUGAAGCCCCGACAGACUCGUAUGUAGACGGACCGAUGCUAUCCCAGACGAUGCAGCAGCAGUUCGCAGGAUGGUCGUACAAUCGACCAGUGGCUGGUCUUGGCGAUGCUGGUGGCUCAGUGAAGGAUCCGUCAUUCGAGGGCGUGGCGGAGCGGUAG